AUGGGUGCCGAGAACCUCCACCACAUCGAGUCCUCCGAGCAGCUCGACUCUCUCCUCGCCUCAAACACUUACGUCGCCCUCGACUUCUACGCCGACUGGUGCCCUCCUUGCAAGGCCAUCGCCCCCAUCUACCAGGGCCUUGCCGACAAGCACAGCGCCGACAAGUACCUCGCCUUUGGAAAGGUCAAUGUCGACCACGUCCAAGACGUCGCCGCUCGAUAUGGCAUCACCGCCAUGCCCACAUUCUUGUUCUUCAAGGACGGCCAGCAGGUUGCUGUCAACGGCAAGGCCAUGAUCCAGGGCGCUGACCCCAGGAGCUUGGGUGACGCCGCUGAGAAGCUGGGUGGAUUGGCUCAGAAGAGACUCGAGGAGGCCGCAUCUGCUUAA